CAGCAUCUCCCCAUGUCUUUCAGAGGGGGGGGGGGGGUUGCUCUGCGGCAUCCAAAAAGUUAAAGCAAAGGAGUGGAUUCCUAGAGGGGAAGUCAGUGGUCAAUGAUAAGCUUCCUGCAGGCAAGGUCCCUCCUCUUCUGGCCAUGUGGAAAUCUUCCUGGAGGAGGAGGAGGAGUGACUGGGUGUGCUUUGCAGGGUUUGUGGAGAAGGAGGGAGUGUGCCUUCCCAAGAGGGAGAUGGCUCUUCUGCCCAUGCUGGAGCCUGUCUGCAAGAACAGGAGGCGGGUAGGAAAGCAAGAAGCCUUAGACCCUGAGCCAAGCACGGACCCGCCUGCCUUUCCUGCUGGGAAUGGAGGGCAGUUCUGGGAAGGAGGCCUUUUGGGGAAGGGGCUGCGGGAACACAGCCCACCUUCAGAGGCAGAGCGCCAGAGCUUUAGGCAGUUCAACUACAAGGAGACCUUGGGGCCCCGAGAGGUUUGCAGCCGCCUCCACUCUCUCUGCCGCCUGUGGCUGAAGCCUGAGCGACACUCCAAGGCGGAGAUGCUGGACCUGGUGCUCCUGGAGCAGUUCCUGGCCGUCCUUCCUGCGGAGAUGGAGCGCUGGGUGAGGGAAUGUGGGGCAGAGACCAGUUCCCAGGCCGUGGCUUUGGCUGAAGGAUUCCUCCUGAGUUGGGCAGAAGAGGAGACAGAGAAGGAGCAACAGGUGAGAGAAUCUUCUCCCCACCCUUUCAAGGAGGCGGUGGACUUGUGUGCAGAAGUGGCUACCUCGUUGGAAAGGCCUCCCUCCACCUCCAGCCAGAUGCUGGAUUGCGCAGGACAAAGGGAACCACCCAGCUCCACAAGAGGUGAAUCAGAACCAACAUAUACUGACUUCCCUCUUCCUUUUGAUGUACUCAGUACGAAUUCUGUGACACCAGAUCAGGUGACCUUCCAAGAGGUGGCUGUGUCUUUCAGUGAGGAGGAGUGGGCCCUGCUGGAUCUGGACCAAAGGGCCUUGCAUCAACAAGUCAUGAAGGAAAAUGUGGAGACUGUGUCCUCUUUAACAACUGACAGAGAAGGGGAAUCAUCUCAAUACUGGGACUGUGGAGAGAAGAAGGAGCUGGGCCUUUCUGGUCAGCAAGCAACGUACGCUAAGAGGAAACCUUUUAAGUGCUUGGAGUGCGGAAAAUUUUUCCGUAAUAAGAAUAGCGUUGCUUAUCAUCAAGCAAUGCACACGGGAGAUAAAAAAUUCAAAUGCUUGGAGUGUGGAAAGGGCUUCUUUCAGAAAAUAAACCUGACUCGUCAUCAAGUUACCCAUACUGGGGAGAAGCCAUUUAAAUGCUUGGAGUGUGGAAAGAGUUUCACUCAGAAGACAGGUCUCACCUCUCAUCAAGCUACUCAUACUGGGGAGAAGCCAUUUAAAUGCUUGGAAUGUGGAAAGGGUUUCAUUCACAAGAUAAGCCUUACCUAUCAUCAAGCUACUCAUACUGGGGAGAAGCCAUUUAAAUGCUUGGAGUGUGGAAAGGGCUUCAUUCAGAAGAUAAACCUCACUUAUCAUCAAGCUACUCAUACUGGGGAGAAGCCAUUUACAUGUUUGGAGUGUGGGAAGAGUUUCACUCAAAAGAUAGGCCUUACCGAUCAUCAAGCUACUCAUACUGGGGAGAAGCCAUUUAAAUGCUUGGAAUGUGGGAAGUCUUUUAUUGAGAAGAGAAAUCUCACUUCUCACCAAAAAAUUCACUCGGGGGAGAAACCCUUUAAAUGCUUGGAGUGCGGAAAGAGCUUUCGUCUAAAGGGUUGCUUUGCUUCUCACCAGACCAUUCACACAGGGAAGAAACCCUUUCAAUGCUUGGAGUGUGGAGAUCUUUUACAGACAAAGGAGGUCUAAUUGCUCAUUAUGCAACACACUCUGGGCAAAAGCCAUUCAAAUGCUUGGAUUGUGGAAAGGGCUUUGCACGGAAGUCAAACCUCACACAACAUCAAAGAAUCCACACUGGGGGGAAACCCUUUCAGUGCUUGGAGUGU